CUCAUUACCAAUUUCCUACACAGUAAAACAAUUAAGAACAGUGAAGUUAAUUGAUUAGAUACUGGGAUGGGGAAAGCCAUGAAUGUUUUAUUAGUUGCUGUGAUAGCAUUGGCAGCAAUGUUACAUAGAACAGAAGCUGAUGAUCAUGAGUAUGAGUUGGUUUGGGCUAUUCCGUCUGGUGGAGCCGGCACGUAUGCAGCCUGGUCGGCCGAGCAUACCUUUGAAAUCAACGUCGAUAGUAUAACAUUUGAGUUUUCAUCAGGAGAACAAGACCUGGCUUUAGUGACAAAGGAGGAUUUUGAUAGUUGUACCACUACAAAUCCGAUAUGGGAAACAACAGAUCCAGUUGGUGUUGGAAUUGUUCAACCCGGCACAUUUUAUUUCAUCUGCACAUUCGCCGGCCAUUGCGCCAAAGGGCAGAAAGUUGCCACAAACUGGACCAAUUCUUCAGCUGCGGCACCUGCUCCAUGUCCAAGUUCAACAGCAACCACUUACUCCGCUCUGCCACUUAAAUUUCUCUCCAACAGAGUUAACAAGCACGGCAACAAGAAGAAAGUGUCUUUGACAUUAGGGGGUGCCAUCUAAGUAGUUAAUUUCAAAUUAUAAAGAGAUCUGGAGUCAUUUAUUUGUUACUUCUUUUCCUGUCAAGAAGAGUUGCACUACAUUCUAGUUCUAGUAAGUACUAUACAUUGUAGUUUGUACCAUGUAUAUGGUUGAUCCUGCAGAAACCUUAAUAAUAUGAUCAUCAUUCAGUUUACGCUUGGCAA